AAUGGUGGGUCACACUCACGAAUAUGGGGAUCAACUGUUUUCUUGCGUAGCGGAGUAUCUCAACAAACGCCGGGCCGGCUGCCACAUUUGACGACCUUCAACGUGCUAUUGAAAACUCUUACAAGAGGCUCACGAUCACAAUAUCACUAAUUUCAUCUUUGUAUGAUAUAAAGAACUGGCUAUUACCAUAUAUGCAGGACAUUAGAUAUCACAGCAAGCCACAUCAGUUUAAGUUUCUCGAGAUCCAACAGGAAAGUGUGUAAUGUAUACAAAAAAUUGGUCAACAGAUGUUGCAUGGACUAACUGCCAGGGUAUCAAAGUAGAUACACUGGCAUAUAUUCUUAAAGACAGUCCGGUUGAUGUGCCUGCAUUAUGCUGUCCGGAUUUCACCAGCGUAGAUUUGGGUAAACUUCAGAUAAGCCCUUGGUCUGUCGCGAAAUUCAUGCGAACUGAAAAAAUUGCCUGGUGGGACAAUUUUAUUAGCAAAAGGAUCACAUUGAAAGACUUUCCAAGCGGAAGCCAUGCUGCAGGAUGUCGGUGCAAUGAUAGCAACCGCUUUACAAAAGUAUCCAAUGAAUGGCUCCAAAUAGGAAAAGUUUGUCGUAUCACGGAUGAUGAUGUGGAAUUCCUUUGGUACAGUGGGACGUAUUCAUCGGUGUGUAUUUCAUGUACGAAAAAUGGGAAAGAAUAGAUGGAGAUUAUUAAGAAAAAAAAAAGAAGAUGUGAUUUUUGCUUUUAAUCUAACGCCAGCUUGUAGAUUGCCGACCAAUGUUAUUGUAAAGUUGAAGUAGCGUUGAUUAACUUUGUAAAGUAGCAGUGGCGCAUCCAGGGUCAGUGCUUAAAGUGCCUAAGAAUACAUACUGUAUUUUAGGUCUAUCUGGUUAUUGACAAAUACUACAAUGGAAAUUGCCAUAUCCUUUUCAAAUAGAUGUGGAAUAACUUACAAAAUAAUCUCAGGUCAUGUGCAAAAGUUUCCUUAUUUAAAAGAAAUCUUGAUAUGUUGUAUAAGAAAUUUAGUUGUGAAUGUUUUACUAUUUUAUAAAUAUAUUUAUAAAUUAGAUAAAUGUAUCAUUAUAUAUUUACAAUACCAUAACAUGACAAUAAUUUUCAUGUAUCAAUAUUAUUACUCUUUGUUUUAUUUAUUUAUUAAAAUAUCUAUUAAAUACUUGAUUAGUUAAUCAGUUGUUUAAUGAUUAGACACUUAUUUGAUAAAUUGAUUUAUUGAUUAUAGAUUGAUUACUGCAUUUAUUUAUUUUUUCUUGAUUUUUUUUUAAAUUUCUGUUUUUAUAAAAAGGCACCACAGUUUAAAGCUGUAUUUUACUUGUUUGUGGUUGUCCUAUUCCAU